AUGGAGUUCGGCGAGCCUGCCGCCGCGAACCAGGCCCGGGCCUUGAACGGAAACUCUGUCCCGAAAUCCUCUCGCGCGUUCAAACUGAACUGGGCGUCUGGAGGCGGUCUAAUUGACCGUCGCGACGAUCGAGGACCCGAGUUCUCCAUCUUUGUCGAUGACCUAGGACUCGGAAAAUUUGAGAAAGGCCUCCCUUCUACUGUGUUUUCUACCGACAAGUCAGGCUCGACGCAGCCUUUCAGUGUUGCUGUAGCAGCUACCAAGCCCGCUCCUCAGCGGAAUGAUCAGACUCAUCCUGCCGCGGAUUCCGUUGAGAAGGGACCUGCUGGCAAGAAGCCACCCGCUGGCCAGAUCAUGUCUCUCCCUAGAGCUGCUGCACAAGCUUCACCGCACUACCGUCCAAGUUCAGGACCUUUGUGGCAACUACAGAUAUGGAUACAACCUGCCUGA